AUGGCGUCGGCGGGCGACGCCUACAGGUUAAAAUGGCAAACGCACGUGCCCAGCCUGUGCACCGAAUUUAUGGAGCUGCGAAAGAACGAGAGUUACGUGGACGUGACGCUGGUCUGUUGCGGUGGUGAGAUCAAAGCCCAUCGGCUUCUGCUGUCGGCCUGUAGUCCACUGCUGGAGAAGCUUCUUUCGGCUAAUCAGGAGUCAGAAGCCACGCUUAUCCUGCCCGACCUACAGGUGUCAUGCGUGCGGUCGCUUAUCGAGUACGUCUACACGGGCGAGAUUUCCGUUCACGAUUCGGAGAUUGACGGCCUUGUGGACGCGGCGACGAUGCUGGAGGUCCGCGGCAUUGCAAUGACCGGGUCACCAAACUCAGUGAAGGUGAGCUCCCGCCACGUGAACUGA